UGCCACAUUACACGCUGUGUUCUCAUCAAUAUGCUGUCGAACUAUUUGUCAUUCAUUCUCUUUGCGUGUGCGGCUAUUGCCAGUACGAGAUCUGCGAUUAUUCCACCCAGCCCGCACCAACUUCAGCAGCAAAUACCUGUGACCCGGAUCCGCGGCGGCAAAGACACUGUGAUCGAGAUUCACCCGCACCAAGUAUCCAUCGGCCUCUUAGGGACACACCAGUGCGGUGGCUCCAUCAUAAGCAACUACCACGUCAUAACCGCCGGCCACUGCGCAGUCUUUCCUACCGAGUACAUGACCGUGCGAGCUGGUACAAGUUUCCGGGACAAAAAGGGCAGCCUCCACAAGGUUGAGAAGUACGUGAGGCACGAGGACUUCUUUGAAAACGAUUUCGGACUGCCAGUCAACGAUCUAGCCAUAAUUAGACUCCAGGACCCGUUCGUUUUCGACGACACCCACCAGCCUAUCGAACUGUCCAGUGAGGAGGUACAGCCUGGUAGAGUGGCCGUGGUCACCGGCUGGGGUAACACCGGGGAGGGCUAUCUUGCCGAUCAGCUGCAGAGCUUGGCCGUAACAAUCAUAUCGAAGGCGGCCUGCAACCUGACUUUACAAGAGGUUAAUGGUCUGGGCAAGGGUCAAAUAUGCACCAAAUAUAUAUAUAUAUAUAUAUAUGCUUCAUUCUCUGUUAUUGGAAUAAAACAUCUUUCUUUACUUAGAAAAAUCACCAGUACGAGAUCUGCGAUUAUUCCACCCAGCCCGCACCAACUUCAGCAGCAAAUACCUGUGACCCGGAUCCGCGGCGGCAAAGACACUGUGAUCGAGAUUCACCCGCACCAAGUAUCCAUCGGCCUCUUAGGGACACACCAGUGCGGUGGCUCCAUCAUAAGCAACUACCACGUCAUAACCGCCGGCCACUGCGCAGUCUUUCCUACCGAGUACAUGACCGUGCGAGCUGGUACAAGUUUCCGGGACAAAAAGGGCAGCCUCCACAAGGUUGAGAAGUACGUGAGGCACGAGGACUUCUUUGAAAACGAUUUCGGACUGCCAGUCAACGAUCUAGCCAUAAUUAGACUCCAGGACCCGUUCGUUUUCGACGACACCCACCAGCCUAUCGAACUGUCCAGUGAGGAGGUACAGCCUGGUAGAGUGGCCGUGGUCACCGGCUGGGGUAACACCGGGGAGGGCUAUCUUGCCGAUCAGCUGCAGAGCUUGGCCGUAACAAUCAUAUCGAAGGCGGCCUGCAACCUGACUUUACAAGAGGUUAAUGGUCUGGGCAAGGGUCAAAUAUGCACCAAAUACGAGGGUAAAGAUAAAAAGGACGCUUGCAAUGGAGACUCCGGGGGUCCCCUUACUCUGGAUGGAAAACUCGUGGGUAUAAUCUCUUACGGAGACGAUUGUAGAUUGCUCGAGUAUCCGGGGAUGUAUACCGAAGUCGCUUACUUUUAUCACUGGAUAGUUCAACAUCGUAAUUUUUAGAAGGGCGUAUUUGAUAAAGAUAAUAAAAAUAUGUGUUUAUUGAGAACGUGCGUAAUAAAUUGGCCUUUAAAAUUGGGAUCAGAAUAUUGCUACGUAUAAGUGACGUAUGAGAAUAGAUGUUUUAUGAAAAAAUAAGAAUAAAAAUCAAUUUUAAAAUCA